AUGGACAAACUACCCAGCAUACCCUCUGAGGAGCCCAGGCUGAAGAGAAACUUUGACCAGAUGGUGUUCAUCAACAGAAACCUGACGCUGGAAAACAUCCGAUGCUAUGGAUUUGACAUGGACUACACGAUGGCCAUGUAUAAGUCUCCUGACUAUGAGAUUAUGGGCUUUGUGCUCUUAAGAGACAGAAUGGUGUCUGUCGGAUACCCUCAUGAGCUUCUGCGCUCCACAUACGACCCCAGCUUCCCCACUCGCGGUUUAGUGAUCGACACCAAAUACGGGAACCUCCUGAAGGUGGACUCCAACGGGAAUAUUUUAGUCUGCAGUCAUGGCUUCACCUUCCUCAAUAGAGAAGACAUUCAAAAAUACUACCCCAACAAGUUCAUCCAAAGAGACGACACAGACCGUUUCUACAUCCUCAACACUAUGUUCAACCUCUCAGAGACGUACCUCUACACCUGCCUUGUGGACUUCUUCACCAGAUGCUCCAGAUACACAAACCUUGAGAAAGGUUUCCAGCACGGCAACUUGUUUAUGUCCUACAGAAGCAUGUUCCAGGAUCUUCGAGAUGCGAUGGACUUCAUUCAUGAUACGGGAGCCCUGAUGGGAUGCACUGUCAAGAAUCUGGAGAAAUAUGUUAUCAAAGAUCCAAAUCUCCCUGUACUCUUAACCCGACUCAAAGUGACGGCCAAGGUCUUCCUCGCCACCAACAGUGACUACAGCUACACUAAGGCAAUUAUGAAAUACCUGCUUGACAGUAAUGUUAAGUCUGGAAAUCAAAAGGAGUCAUGGCGCUCGUACUUCGACCUCAUCGUGGUGGACACUAAAAAGCCUCUGUUCUUUGGAGAGGGGACAGUGCUGAGACAAGUGGACACGAACACAGGAAAGCUUCGGAUCGGGACGUACACCGGAGACCUCCAACAUGGAACAGUGUACUCCGGAGGCUCUUCAGACCUCAUCAGCGACCUGCUGGAGGUCAAAGGUAAAGACAUCCUUUACGUUGGCGACCACAUCUUUGGUGACAUCCUGAAAUCCAAGAAGCGUCAGGGCUGGAAGACGUUCCUGGUCGUACCGGAGCUCAACAAAGAGCUGCUCAUCUGGGACAAGAAGCAGAGUAUGUUUGAAGAGCUGAAACGUCUCGACUUCUUCUUAGCUGAGUUCUACAAGCAUCUGGACAGCGGCAGUCAGGAGUGUCCUGACAUCAUUGCCAUUCAGACCAGAAGGAAAGUGCUGACUCACAGGAUGGACAUGUCCUAUGGUCAGAUGGGCAGCCUCCUGCGCAGCGGCUCCAGACAGACGCUGUUUGCCAACCAGAUGCUGCGUUACGCAGAUCUUUACUCUGCCACCUGCCUCAACCUGCUGCACUACCCCUUCAACUACCACUUCAUGGCCCCCCCAGUCCUGAUGCCCCAUGAAUGUUGCAACAAUUGACUGAUUUUGCUUCAACGGAGCUCAUCGUCACCAACAACAUUUUCAAGAUGACCAGAAACUAAGGUGCUAAGGACAGCUGUGAUGUUUCAGAAGAAGAGAUACAGAACAUUGUGUCUCUGCAUGUCAUGGACACAGAGUGACUGUUUGCACCUGAGCUUGUAUAAAGAGUUUGAUGCAGCCUUGAAGUGACUCAAAGAAAACGAACGUAUUGCCCCCCCUAGUGGAUAUGAAGUGCUAUGCAACAAGCUCUUAGCAGACUCAGGGUUCUGACUGUUUGUGUGUUUGUUUUGUGUAUAUAUAUAUAUAUAUAUGUAGAGUUUUACUAUUACAUGUAGUGUUGCAUCUGCAUUUGUGUCAUUAUUUGUAAUAAGUAUCUAUAUUUAUGUUUUGUUUGUGCACCUUCGGCUGAGCCAUUUCAAUAAAUCGUUUAUAUCAUU